CGAGUCCGUACUGUCCGCUUCGUCAUCGCUGUGUGUCGGAGUGUCCGGACUGCUGUGACAGGAGCCGUGGAGGCAGGACGCCAGGCCGGGAACAUGCUGUGGUUCCAGGGCUCCAUCCCGGAGGCCAUAGCCUCGGCCAAGGAGAAGCGCUCUGUCUUCGUCGUCUUUGUGGCGGGGGACGAUGAACAGUCUGUGCAGAUGGCUGAGAGCUGGGAAGAUGAAGGUGUGACACAGGUCGCCUCCGAAGAAUUUGUGGCUAUUAAACUCGACAGUAAGAGUGAAACCUGCCUCCAGUUCUCACAGAUCUAUCCUGUGGUGUGCGUCCCCGCCAGCUUCUUCAUCGGUGACAGUGGAAUCCCACUGGAGGUCAUCGCUGGUGGUAUCUCCGCAGAAGAGCUCGUAGGAAAGAUCACAAAAGUGAAACAGAUGCACACAGGAGACGGUGACGGGUUACCUACAAAUCCACAACUGUCCACUAGCCCUCCGGUGACCUGCUCUGCUGAAUCCUGCCCCGUACCACAGUGCCCUGCAGAGGAUUUACAGCCUCCAUCAGUGGAGACCCCCGGAGAUUCUCCAGCUUCUUCCCCAGUGCAAGAUGACCAUUCGCCCACGGAGCAAACAAAGGAACUUCAAGAAGAAGGGAAUGCUGAGAUAGCAGACUCCCAACCUGGAGAGGAAGUGACAGAAAAAGUGCAGAGAGUAUUGCAGAAGUUGGAACAGAAACAGGAGGAGAAAAAGAAAGGGGAACAGGAGAAGGAAAUUAAACGAGAAAUGGAGAGAAGGAAGUCGGGCAAAGAGAUGCUGGAUUAUAAGAGGAAGCAUGAGGAUGACCAGGCCAGGCGGGCGCUGGAGGAGAGGAAUAAAGACAAGGCAGAGGAGAAAGCUGCCAGGGACCGCAUCCGGCAACAGAUCGCCCAGGAUCGUGCUGACCGUGCUGCUCGCUAUGCACAGAAUAAGGAAGAACAAGAUGCAAUAAAAGCAGCAGAAUUACAAGCAAGGCAGGCGGAGAUGGAAGCCAGGAAGGAGGCAACACAGAAAGAGAAAAGGACCAUCGCCAGGAUACAGUUCAGAGUUCCUGAUGGAUCUUCCUUCACAAACCAGUUCCCAUCAGAAGCCCCCCUGGAAGAGGCACGGCAGUUUGCUGCACAGAGAGUUGGGAGCACCUAUGGUAAUUUCUCCCUAGCCACCAUGUUUCCCCGAAGGGAAUUUACCAAAGAAGAUUAUGGGAAAUCUUUUCUGUCUUUGGAACUGGCACCCAGCGCCUCUAUAGUCCUCUUACCAGCUGGAAGACAAGCUCGGGCCGUAGUACAGUCAUCAGAUGUUGGUAUCUGGGGGUUUCUGGGGACUCUGUUAUACCCUCUCCUCUCAGUAUGGCGGUUUAUCAGCAAUUUCCUGUUCAGUAGCCCACCUCCAGCACAGCACUCAGACAGGGCAGCACAUCCCCAGCAGGAGAAUACAAAUCCCACAUCGCCUAACAGUUCAGAGCCAAACAGGGAAGCAGUUCGAAGGAGAGUACUUGACAAACGGGCAGACGAAUUCAAAAAAGAAGGCAAAAUCUACAGGUUAAGGACGCAAGAUGACGAAGAUGAAAACAACACAUGGAAUGGAAAUUCCACCCAACAGAUGUAAUAGAGUAGAUGUUUAUUUAGACUUUUCAUUUGAGCCACUUUGCUGCGAUUGGGGGUCCUUUAUUUUAAUCACCGUCAUAUGGCCAUUUAAUUACAUAGCGAUAUGCAUGACUUAGGAUCCUUUUAACUCUUUUUAAUUAAGGUUUGGUUCUUACAGACGCCGCUCACUAUAAUAUAUGCUUCUAUGAUAA